CAGCACAGGAGGGAAGAUGGAGUGCUCGGCCGGCGGUGUGGGCGACGGGGACUCGGCCGUGUCCCAGCGGGACCUGCACCUGGUGCCCGAGCGGCUGCAGAGACGCGAGCAGGAGCGGCAGCUGGAGGCGGGCAGGCGGAAACAGAAGCGGCAGGACCAGGAGGUCGAAGGGGAGAAGAGCGAGUUCUUGGCCGCCUCCUUCGGCCGCGAGCGAGCGGCCGUGGAAGAGCUGCUGGAGCAGGCCGGAGGGUCGGUGGAGCGGCUGGAGGAGGCGGCCUCGCGGCUCCAGGCGCUGCAGAAGCUGCUGAACGACUCGGUCCGGUUCCUCACCGCUUACGAUCUGCGGCAGGGCCAGGAAGCCAUGGCGCGGCUGCAGGCGGCCCUGGCCGAGCGGCGCCAGGAGCUGCAACCCAAGAAGCGCUUCGCGUUCAAGACGCGGAGGAAGGAAGGCGCCGCCGCGGCCCCCGCUGCCCCCGCUGCCCCUGCCGUCCCCGCUGCCGCUGCCCCCGCCGUCCCCGCCGGGGUGGACGCAGUCGACGGUGUGCCGGCCUCCGCGCCGGCCGCGCAGGACCGGGAUGGAGACCCGGACUCCAGCUGGGUGUGCGGCUUCUCCAACCUGCAGUCCCAGGACCUGGAGAUGAGAGGCGACGAGCUGCGGCAGCGCGAUGUCCUGCUGACCGGCCUGAGCCACUGCACGGUCCGACUCUACGGCAAUCCCAACACGCUGCGGCUGACCCAGGCCCGCGGCUGCACGGUGCUCUGCGGGCCCGUGUCCACCUCCGUGUUCCUGGAGGACUGCAGUGACUGCCUGCUGGCCGUGGCCUGCCAGCAGCUCCGAGUCCACAGCACGACCAACACGCGCGUCUUCCUGCACGUGACCAGCAGGGCCAUCGUGGAGGACUGCCACGGGAUCUGCGUGGCCCCCUACACCUGGAGCUACCCGGGCAUCCUUGAGGAUUUCCAGGGCUCCGGUUUAGACAAGAGCAGGAAUCACUGGGAUGACCUGGAUGACUUCAACUGGCUGGCCCGGGAUGUGGCCUCCCCGAAUUGGACUAUUCUUCCAGAAGAGGAGCGAACGACCCAGUGGGACUAGGCCCUUGGUCCGGGCUUCGUUCGCUCUUCCUCUGUGGGAUGGACUCCUGCCCAGGGGCAUGUCAGAACUCGGCUGCGUAGAGUUGCACUCUUUAAGGCUGCAGGUUGUGAGGGGCUGCCAUUAAAUUCUUGACAGAUCCGA